AUGAUCUCUGCCACAUCUUAUUAAGACUUAAAUUAGAUGGCAAGAGAGGCUCCUGAUUAAUUCAAGGAAUCUAAUAGUCAUAAAUUUGCAAUUGGUAGGUCUUUAAGCGCUAGGAUAAUGCAAUCUGGGAUGCGUCCAUGUGAUAUUGCUCAUAUAAUUUAACUUUCUUCAGAUAAAAAGGAAUAGAGUUGUCAUGGAAAUAGCAUAAGUAAAGAUUAAGGAAAAAGCUAAAACAGGUUAGAAUAAAUUAUGAUUAAGAGAGGAAAAAUUAAUGAGCUUAGUGAAAGAAAUAUGAAAAAAAUUUUGUAAAGUGACUUUUAUUACAAUGACUUAAAUGAAAUUAGAAGCAUAAAUGAAUUUUUAUACAUAAAAAAUAAUCUUGCAGUAAACUAAAAUACAAAGAGAAUCCUCUCAAUGAGAGAAGACCUCAAGAAAAAACAAUAGCAAAUACAAUAAAUAAUUUAAAAAGAGUAAAAUUUGAUGGAUCAAGAAGAUUAAGUUUAGGCUACUAUCGACUUUGCUACUUAUCAUAAAUAUUUAUCAGGAUAAAAAAUGUAAUUGAAUAAUUAGUAAUCUCCACACAGAAAUUGUUCAUCAAGCUAGUCUGCAAGGUAGCAUGGAAGAAUAAUUAACGAUAACUAAAAUAAUAACUAAAUACUUCAUUAAAGUUAUAAUUAAAGUUCACCAUUUAAUGAUUAAUAUUUAAUUUCUCCAAUCAAAUAAGUUAAAAGUUUUACUAAUAGAAAUCCUUAAAAUUCUUAGUUUGAGCAAUAUCAAAUAAAUAGCAUAAAGUAAUAGAAUUUUACUAAUUAACAGACAACUGAAAGUGCCAAAGAUGAUUCAACAUAGUGUAUUGAUUAAGAAAGCUAGAGCUCUCAUACAAAUAUAAAUUAAAUGAGUCCUAUAACUGUAUCAGAAAAUAUUGAUUCUUACAAAUUAAUGGCCACUUAAGUACAUGAAAAUAAUUAAAUUAAUUUGUUCAAUUAUCAUAAUUAUGAACAUCAUUUUGAUAAUUUAAUGAAAAUUUAAAAACUUUCUACCAUUUCUGAAAGAGAUAGUGAAGUUAUUUUGUAAAAAGACCUUGAUAACUAUAGGAAUAUGAUGGCAGUAGGAAGCAGUUAAAAUACUUUGAAAACUAAUGUUAUUGACAUAAACAAUAUGUAUGAGCUCUUUUAAAUAAAAUCCCCUAAUACCGAACAAUCUAAUAUGUCAAAAUCAUUACUUUCCCCACAUAGUAAUAUUUAUUAACAAAAAAAUUAAACCAUGCCUGCUAGAAACAGAAAUUCUUAGCACACAAAUGAAGAAAGUUUGAAUGAAGGCUCUUAAAUGAUAGCAAAUAGUUAUAUAGAUUAAUUGAAUUCAAAAUAUCCUUUUAAUAAUAAAAUAGUCACUAGAAGCUAAAGUGCUCAUACUGUGCAAAAGUAAUCAGAAAAGUAUGUUUCCGCACCAACUCAAACAAACUUACCCUUAUAAAACCACAUAGUAUAAAGAAGAAAGUCUUCUUAAUAAUCUGUAUAUCUACAUACUUAGUAGUAAAUUUAUAACCCAACUAUACAAAAUAAUUUAUAAUAUAUUGCAUAAUUGCCAGUUUAUAAAUGCUCAUUCAAAAAGAAAUGUAGGAAUAGCCUCAAAAACUCAGAAAAUAAGAACUAGGAUAUGCAAUAAAAUAAUAAUAAUAAUAAUAAUAAUAAUAAUAAUAAUAAUAAUAAUAACUACUACUCUCAAUAUACCAUGAGAGAGGCUGAUAAAUUUUUGUUAAAUUAAUAGAUAAUUAAUAACUUUAAGCAGAAACCAAAUCCAUAACAGUUUAGAGAAAAUAUGAUGUUAUUCAAUUCUAUUAAAACAGCCAAAAUAUUUAAUGAUAAAAUAGACGAAGCUUUGUAAUUAAAUAGUAAAGAAUAUGAUUAAAAGUACAAUUAAUUUUCAACUUAAACUAAUUUUGCAUCUAGGCAAACUCGCUCAAGCUGUGAAAACAGGAUAAACUAGACAAUAUUGAAAGAUCAAAUCAAUAAAAAUAUCUCACCAAAAUAAUAAAUUGGUUAAGUGAAUCACAAUCAUUCACAAAACUUAGAAAGUACAGACUAUCAUAUAAAAAUAAAUGAUUAGUCUUUGUUAAAUAUAGCUGGCUGCAAAAUUCAAUCUGUGCAAAAAGACAAACUCUUAAAUCAAAAAGAAUUUUAAAAUGAAAAAUCUUCAGACAAUUCUUAAUUUUUGAAAGUAAAAUCUUAGCAAUAAAAUAAUUCGAAUAUAGCUUAGAUCCCUUUUUGUUAGUUUGAAACAGAUAUUAUGGUUUAAAAAUAAUAAGAAAAUACACAUAUGAACUAAAAAUAAUAAGAAUGUUCACAAAUCUAAUCAAAUUUAUUAGAUGAAAUGCCUAUUAAAAACAAAUAAGAAAGCUAAUCAGUAACAAAAAUUAGCUAUCCUUAGUUUGAAUAAAAUACAAUCCAUAAUUAUAAUAUUGAAAAACUUUUAAGCCUUCAAAAUAAUUAUAAUGUUGAAAGUGAUGUAUAUGAAAAUACUUAAACAGCAGAUACUACUUAAAAAUAAUAAAAUAUAGAGGUCUAACAAAAUAAAAACUAAAAAUUAACAAGUUCACUGAAAAAUUCUCCUAUAAAAAUAUGUAAUUUUAAAACUACUUAAGUUGAUCUCUUUAAUACUAAGCAAAACAUUUAAGAAACAUAAUUAAGGAUUAUCCAAAAUUUAAAAAAGAUAGAUAUCAAUUAAAAAAAAGAUAGAAAUUACUUAGCUAAAAUGAAUAUGAUUAGCUAAGAAAUAAAUAAAUCAAAGUCUUUAGAUGCAAUCAAGCGUAAUAGGUCUGCAUCUUAAAGCUAAAAUAAUAGCAACAGUCCUAAUAAUUAUCCUAAGAGAGCUAGGCUUUCAAGAGCUCAAAUAAGUAAAAUGUUUAAAACAAGUGAAUAAAUUCAAAUGCAUAAAGAAGUUGGAUUAUAUAACAGAAUAACUUACAAUAAUUUCAUACAAAAAAAUAAUAAAAACAAGAUACUCCUCAAGAAUUGUAAUUAUGUAGAGUAUUAUUAGUGA